CCUGGCGAGUAAUAGGACGCAUGUCGCGGCUCAGGUCCACAAUUGACAGUGUAACCAAGGCAGUGGGCAACAUAGACCUCAUCUCCAAGUUUUCGCGGCUCAAGCCAGCCAACGCCAUUGUUGACGAUGCCCAUGCUGGGAAAGUACCAGUACUGAUCAAAGCGGUGGCUUUAAAUUCCGGCGACACAGCCUCUAAGUCGCCAUCUGCAAUGGAAGAAAAAGCAAAUGGGAAGAAGGGAGCAUCUGAAGAGGCAGAAAAGCCUUUUCUUGACACAAAAAACCCCUCCGGUUUAGCUUCAGCAGCAAGUGCAUCUUCUCCAAGCUCUUCCUCUGCUGUAGCAAAACAAACUAUGCAGCUGUUCCAACCAGCUGCACUGUCCACCAACAUGGACGAGACGUACAAGUCCCUGUCCCUCCACAUUAACAGUUACUUUGGCACAAACGGGCAGGGAGAAGAUGGAGAAAAUGGACAGCAGCAACAGAAAGACAACGGCCACCUUGUUUCUGAACCUGCCGCCACUCUGAGAUCAGUGGAUCACGUUCCUGUUUUGUCUCCAGUGUCAGAGAUGAAGAGUAUUAAAGCACCAACUACCUCUCUCGUCCCUUCCUCUCCAUUAGAAAAGUCCAGUUCCAAAGCAGAGAGUCCCCCUUCUAGUGAAAAGACCACUCAGUCCAUUCCUGAUCCAACAGCUUCCCCCAAAAAAGGCUUCACCCACUACCUAUCCUACCCUCGGCCCAGCAUCCAGGCGUUUGUCGGCAGCUACUUUGCGCCUCUGGUCCCCAAAUUUCGAGGUGAUUCCAAAAGAGUCACAGCUGGAAAAGACAAGUCUUCAGUCAUCGCUGUGGAUGACCCCGCUGAGGAUGGAGCAAUGGAGAGGACAGAGAGUGAAGAGGAAAAAGCUGAGAAGGCAAAGCAGCAUCUGCUGAGUCAAAGGGAAAAGAUAAUGGCAAGAGUGAGUGUAGACAACAGGACCAGAGCCCUGGUGAAAGUCCUGCGGACAGUCACUGAUGUCAAACUCCUCACUGCUCGAGUGGAGGAGUUCAGUUUUCACCUCCUGGAGUUCCCCGAGACCCGAGGGGUGGCCAUCAAGGAGAGUGUUUUGCCCUGUCUGUUGCGACUGCGCAAGGCCAGAGACCGUCCUCUUCAGGCCGCUGUUAGAGAAGCUCUGGCUGUCGUCGGCUACACGGAUCCAGUCAGAGGCAAAGGAAUCAGGGUGCUGGCCAUAGAUGGAGGAGGCACGAGGGGACUGGUGGCCCUGCAGACUCUUCAUAAACUACAAGACCUGACUGGAAAACCAAUCCACCAACUUUUUGACUACAUCUGUGGAGUCAGCACAGGUGCCGUCUUGGCUUUCAUGCUGGGGAUUUUUCAGCUCCCCCUGGAAGAGUGCGAGGAAAUUUACAGAAAACUGGGUUCAGGUGUCUUUAAGCAGAACGUCAUUGUUGGAACUGUGAAGAUGGGCUGGAGCCAUGCUUUCUACGACAGUGAAACAUGGGAAAAUCUCCUCAAAGAACGUAUGGGUGAGGGGAGCAUGAUUGAGAGUGCCAGGGACCCACACUGCCCCAAAGUGUCAGCAGUGAGCACCAUUGUCAACAGAGGCUUGCCUCUGAAGGCCCAUGUGUUCAGGAACUACAGACUCAUGCCUGGAGUGAGAUCCCACUACCUUGGAGACUGCAAACAUAAGAUGUGGCAGGCCAUCAGGGCCUCGUCUGCCGCCCCCGGAUACUUCCAGGAAUUUGUUCUGGGAAAAGACCUUCAUCAGGAUGGAGGGCUUCUCAUCAACAACCCCACAGCUUUGGCCAUUCACGAGUGCAAGUGUCUGUGGCCGAACACGCCUCUGCAGUGCGUGCUGUCUCUGGGCACCGGGCGGUACGAGACGGCCGGCAGAAACGGCACGACCUACACGAGUUUGAAGACGAAGCUGGCUCACGUCAUCAGCAGCGCCACGGACACCGAGGAGGUGCACACCAUGCUGGACGCCCUCCUGCCACCCGACACCUACUUCCGCUUCAACCCCUACAUGAGCGAGGACGUCCCGCUGAACGAGAGCCGCAUUGAGAAGCUCGACUUCCUCAAAAGCGAGGCGGAGCACUACCUCGAGCGCAACGAGGCCAAGCUGAGGAAGGCGACGAGCGUGCUGAGUCAGGAGAAGGGCGCCAUGCAGAGGCUGGCCGAGUGGGCGAAGCUCAAAGCCGACAUGUACGAGGGGAUCCCCUUCAUCUCCAAGCUCUAACCACGAGCUUAAGAAGGUUUUAUUACAA